AUGGGUAGCAUAACAGCAACUACGUUCCAAGAUCCUUUUCAAAAAGUCCCAACGGGCCGAACUGAUGGCCUCGCAGCUCUCGUUGGGAAGUUCCGAGAGGAUACCGAUCCCAACAGAACUGAUCUCCUUGUGGGAGUGUAUAAAACGGAGGAGGGAAAGCCGUACGUGUUGCCGAGUGUGAAAGAGGCAAAGAACAGAAUCUUCAAUGAUCCUGAUUGGCAUCAUGAGUAUCGCCUUUCCGCUCUAGGUUCCCAGCUUUAUAGGGACUUGAGCGCCAAUUUGCUUUUUGGGCCUGACCAUCGUCUUUUGCGGGAGAAAAGGAUAGUUUCAACCCAGACUCUCGGCGCAAGUGGCGGAUGCCAUGUCGGCGCAGUGCUGUUGAAAAAUCAUUAUGGACCGUGGAAGGAGAAUGGAAACCCCGAGAUUUUCCUUCCGAGCGACUCCUGGUUGAAUCAUCCUUUCGUAUUCACGUCUGCGGGAAUUAAGGCUAGUCUUCUGCCUUAUUUUAGCAGCAAGACAAACAAUUUCGAUUUUGAGAGGUUUUCAGAGGCCAUCAGAUCGUUGCCAGCUCAAUCCGUCGUGCUUCUCCAGUCCGGUGCCCAGAAUCCAACUGGAUGUGAUCCAUCACCGGAUCAGUGGCGAGAGUUGGCCUCGAUCUUCUCCCAGCGCGGUCAUUUGGCAUUCUUCGAUGCUGCAUAUCCCGGAUUUGCCUCGGGAGACAUUGAUACGGAUCUUGCCGGUGUUCGUUUGUUUGCCGAGCAAGAAAUCCCGCUUGUUUUCGUCUCAACAUACGGCAAAUCCUUCGGGCUUUACAGCGAGCGCGUUGGAAUUCUCUCGAUUCUUGUUCCAAGCGAAGAAGUGGGGAAGAACAUAGAAACGCAAUUGAGACUACUCGCACGAGCGGAGUCCGGCGCACCGCCCGAUUUCGGGUCCAAGAUUGUUGAAACAAUUCUCUCGGAUGAGACUUUGGAGCGCCAAUGGCGGCAGGAAGUGCGCGAUAUGGCGAACGAACUCAAGCGCCGUCGAGUUGCGCUAAGGGAAGGAUUGGAGAAAUUGGAAACACCAGGUAGCUGGCGGCAUCUCACUGAUCAGAACGGAAUGUUUUCAUAUGUUGGACUGUCCGUGGAACAAGUCACUAUUCUCCGAGAGAAGCACCAUGUUUAUCUUCAGGACUCUGGGAGAAUAUCUAUCGCUGGGCUCAACGACUUCAAUAUCGAUUACACUGCUCGCAGCAUCAGUGCUGUCGUCAAAGCUACGACUUAA